AUGACUUAUUCCUACGGCAAUGUGGCUUAUGAUGAUGGCACGACACGCAUUGUGGGUGGCACAGGCGCUGUGGAAGCAUCCUGGCCCUGGAUCAUCAGCAUCCAGUAUUCCGUUCCACCAAACCUGAUCCAUUGGUGUGGAGGGUCUCUCAUCACUGCAGACUGGGUCCUCACAGCGGCCCACUGCUUUGACAAGUUGAAAAACAUCAGCAUGGUGUACAUCGUGAUUGGGGCCACCCAGUUGAAUAAUCCGGGCCCUGGGGCCGUACUGCGCAGUGUCAAGCAGGUGGUGAUACACCAGUACUACAAGCGUGCCGACUUUAGCUACGAUAUUGCCCUGCUGCAAUUGAACGAGCCUGUCCUGUGCAGCCCCUACAUCCAGCUGGCCUGUGUGGCUGACCCCACCCUAAAAGUCUCAAACCUCAACAACUGCUGGAUCGCUGGCUGGGGUGCCACCACUGCAAGAGUUCAAGGUUCAAGUAAUCGCCUGCAGGAGGCCAAGGUUCAGCUCAUCAAUGUCAAGCUCUGCAACAGCAGUGACUGGUAUGCAGGGGAAAUCCACCCCUACAACUUGUGUGCUGGUUACCCACAGGGCCUCAUCGACUCCUGCCAGGGUGACAGCGGUGGUCCUCUCAUGUGCCAGGACAACAAUGCCGCGUACUGGUGGGUUGUCGGAUUAACCAGCUUUGGAGAAGGCUGCGCCAGACCAAAGCAGCCUGGAGUCUACACCUCCACCCAGCACUUCUAUGAAUGGAUCGACUACAACAUGCGUGCACACCACGCAGCUGAAAGUGCUUCCUGA